AAAUUUUUUUAUUUCCAAUCUAAACAUGGCCUUAAUGUAGUCGAAGAAAGAGCAUGUGGAUGAUGAUGAUGAUGAUGAUGAUGACAAAACUUGUAGACAACUAUGUUCACUUGGCUAAAAACCCAUAGUUGAAAAUCCUUUUCGCUGAUUUGUUAUGACUUGUGAGAGAAAAACAUGAUUCGACAAAUAUCUCAAGCAAACAUACUAAUGUGAUCUUGAUAAAAAGUAAAGAAAAAUCCCAAUAGUACGUGCACGAACUAUGGACUUCAUUUUGGAUCGUGGACUCGUCACUGCUCCCAUAUAAAAGGGCGUGUAUAAAAGGAAAAUAAAUGGCUGGACCUUUUUUUUUUUAACCAACAAAACCUGGAAUAGCUGUGUCCUGCAAAAGCUACCGUGCAGACGUUGCAAAUGGGGCAACGAAAUACCCAAAUUCCAGCAAAAUUCUAGCUCCAAUCCACACGAGCACCAAAUCUUCCGUUUCUUUAGUUCAAUUACCAAAUCUCCGCUUCAAUUUCUUUUUUACCAAAUAUUCAGAACCCAGGUUAAUAACGAGACCAAUUACAUCCUCUCCCUCUCUCACACUCGCAUGGUUUAGUAAAUGCUGGAUGCGGCCAAACUAACGAUAGCAGCGUUAGCAAAUCUCCAGGCCGCGCUAAUAAAUACUCUCUCUCCAUUAGCAUUAAGCAGCAGCAGCAGCCCGCAGGCCGCAGGCAUGCAACAGCUGCAGUGGCACGGGGAGAAAAAGGUCAGCAAAAGCGGGCACGAAACAGAAGAAGCGCUCGCCGACCCACCCACCGCACCGAUCCCCCACCCAAAUCGCCGACCGAGAGGAGACAACCCGAGCUGAGGAGAGAGAGGGCAGCAGGCGGCGGCGCGGAGCAACACGCGGAGGGGAGGGGAAUGCGCGACCCGUGUGACCCUCUCGCCCCCGCGAAAUCCAACCCAUUCUGAUUCCGCCGGCGAAAUCGGGCGCCUCGCGGCCCGGCCGGCCAAGUGGUGGACGGCGGCGUCGAGUGGUUCGUUCGAGACGGUGAGGGUCAGGUCGUGAGGAGCAGCAGCCACGGCGACGGGGACAAUGAAGGGAGGAGGGGGCGGGAAGGAGACGCUCACCGCCUCCUUCCUCCGCUUCCUCCUCCUGCUCCUCCUCCCCCUCACCGCCCUCUACUUCUUCUACACGCUGCACCUCCUCCUCACCUCCGCGUCGUCGGCCGCCUCCAACUGCGCGCCUGACGCCGCGUCGGUCUCCCGGGUGUCCGCCAACCUCACGGCGGCGACGGCGUCGGCGUCGACGGCGGCGGCGGAGAAGCAGCUGCCCCCUUCCCCCUUGGCUGUGCCCUCGGCGACGACGCUGCAGCACGUGGUGUUCGGCAUCGCCGCGUCGUCGCGGUUCUGGGACAAGCGUAAGGAGUACAUCAAGGUGUGGUGGCGCCCGCGCGGCGCCAUGCGGGGCUACGUGUGGCUGGACCGCGAGGUGCGCGAGUCCAACAUGUCCACGGCGCGCACGGGGCUCCCGGCCAUCAGGAUCUCGUCCGACACCUCCGCGUUCCCCUACACGCACCGCCGCGGCCACCGGUCCGCCAUCCGCAUCUCCCGCAUCGUCUCCGAGACGUUCCGCCUGGGCCUCCCCGGCGUGCGCUGGUUCGUAAUGGGCGACGACGACACCGUCUUCUUCCCGGACAACCUCCUCACCGUGCUCAACAAGUUCGACCACCGCCAGCCCUACUACAUCGGCUCCCUCUCCGAGAGCCACCUGCAGAACAUCUACUUCUCCUACGGGAUGGCGUACGGCGGCGGCGGCUUCGCCAUCAGCCGGCCCCUGGCCGAGGCGCUGGCGCGGAUGCAGGACGGCUGCCUCCGCCGGUACCCAGCGCUGUACGGCAGCGACGACCGGAUCCAGGCGUGCAUGGCGGAGCUGGGCGUGCCGCUCACCAAACACCCGGGGUUCCACCAGUACGACGUGUACGGCGACCUCCUGGGCCUGCUCGCGUCCCACCCGGUGGCGCCGAUCGUGACGCUGCACCACCUGGACGUCGUGAAGCCGCUGUUCCCGGACGCGAGGUCGCGCCCGGCGGCGGUGCGGCGGCUGUUCGACGGGCCGGUGAAGCUGGACACGGCGGGGCUGAUGCAGCAGUCCAUCUGCUACGACGGCGCCAACCGUUGGACGGUGUCCGUGGCGUGGGGGUUCACGGUGCUGGUGGCCAGGGGCAUAAUGUCGCCUCGGGAGAUGGAGAUGCCGGCGCGCACGUUCCUCAACUGGUACCGCCGCGCCGACUACACGGCGUACGCGUUCAACACGAGGCCGAUGGCGCGCAGCCCGUGCCAGAAGCCCGCCGUGUACUACAUGUCGUCGGCGCGGCGCCAGGCCGGGCGCGGCGGGGAGACCACGGUGACGCGGUACGAGCGGUGGCGCCACCCGAACGAGACGCGGCCCGCGUGCCGGUGGGACAUAGCCGACCCGGACGCGCAUCUCGAUCACAUCGUCGUCCUCAAGAAGCCUGACCCCGGGCUCUGGGACAGGUCCCCCAGGCGAAAUUGCUGCAGAGUGGUGUCUUCGCCCAAGGAUGGUGGGGAGAACGGGGAGAAGACGAUGACCAUCGAUGUAGGCGUAUGCAGGGAAGGCGAGUUCAGCCAAGUAGCAGGAGCGUGAGCUUUGAUUAGAGACAGAUGAAGAUAGGAAGAUUCAGAUUCUUUUCUUCUUCUUCUUUUCCUUGUACGAAUCCAUUCUUCUUCUUGGAGGGCAUGAACUAGUCUCGUUUCAAACGAUCCAUCGCGUUUUGCGCUCACGGA